AUGAUUAUAAAAUCUAAAACUGGUAAACGAAAAAUUGAAACGACGUUUCUGGGAGCUAUAUCUGCCCCCAAAGUGUAAGUUUGUUAUAUAUUUUCUUGUUUUUAGCCUUUAAAGGAUGUUAUUCUGCUUUGUUAAGUAUAUUGUUAUUUUUUUAAACUUUAUUGUUGUAAUUUUAAGCAGACCGAAUGACGAUGAAGCAGAAUCUCCUCUUCAUGUUGCAGAAAAAUCGUUUCCAUCGACAAGUCUAACUUCAUGCGACGCAUUUUUUAAAGCCAAGGAUAAUAAGGUAACUUUAUCUUUAUUCUAUUUAUUGUUUAGGUGGAAGAAUACGAAGUAGUUGCGUUGACUGACAGACCGAUUGUCGAAGCUGUACCUGAAAAAUUGAAUAUAAAAGCUCCGAAGACUGGUAAGGUUCACAUAGCAGCUCCGAAAGUGAAGAAUAUAUUGUCUGUGAAGUUGAGAAAUGUAAGGAAACUUACUUUUUGUCUUUUUUAGAUGUUCAGGAAGGCAAUAAGAUAAUAAUGUUGGUUUUUAGAACGCCAAAAAUAUUAAUGUGAUCCAAUCACACAAUCAAGAACUACGAUUGGCCGAAGGAACAACGUUGAAAGCUUUGAGGAACGAAGCUGUGGUCUGGAGCAACUUUAUCCUGGAACCUGUGGUGCUUUUAGCAGCUAAUGAGUAUAUUUUUUAUAUUUUAUAACUGUUCUUUUUAUUAUUAACUAUAUGAUUGUGUUUUUCUUGUUUAAAUUGAAAUUUUAGGUUAUAUUCGGCUGUUUUAACAAACUGUCAAUCUUUACAUGUAUAUAACACAUCAACCGGCUUGAAGUUGAUGGAUUGGACUUUGGAGAAGCAAACCAGCUUAAUUACUUUGAAUUGCGAUUAUUUGUUGUUGGUGACUACUGAUUUGGAUGUUAUUAUAAUGUAAGUUUUGUUUCCUAUAAGCUUUUUUAAAACUAUUGAUAAAGUAGAAGCAAAAAGAACGUUUUUGAGCUUUUACUUUGUUUCACUGCUAUUUUUUAGUAUUUAUUUUGAUUUUUAGAAACCUUGAGGCUCAAAAAGUGGCAUCAAAGUUGUCUUUUGCUAGUUUAUUGUAUAACAAAGGGAUCAGUCUAGUUGGAGUAGCAUUAACUGACCACGGAGUUCCUUUGGCUGCUUUGAGUAACGGAGAAUCUAUGUAUUAUGAUGUAGAUAACCAAGUUUGGUAUGUUUUUUAAUAAUCUUUUGUUAUGAAGUUUAAAAAAUUUUUUGAUUAAAAAUGGUGUAAUGCCUCUAUAUGAGCUCAUAUAUGAUAACUUUAGUACAAAUAAACGUAAAUUUUAGGAUAUCAAUUGAGACCGGGACAGAUUCCUUAGUAUCAAUGGAUACUUAUCUUGAUGUUGUUAAGAAAAGUGUGCCAUAUGGGAUUGUUAACGUUCUUUUCCCUUUGUCGAAGCCUUAUAAGAAAGCUGGAUUGGCAUUAGCUGGAGCGAAGCGAGUUGAUGAAGAAAAUGCUCUAGAAGUGUUGAUUAAUGCACUAAUUGUACUAGAAAGCCCAGAAGAACUGAGAUUGGUACUUAUUUUGUUCGUGCAGAGGUUGCUUGUUAUGGGUAAGUUUUAAAAGGUUAUAUAUUGAAUUUUUAAGUUACUUUAAUUUCUUUAGAGCUUAUCUUAAGAUGAAUUUGAAUUCUCAAGCUUAGCUUUAAAUAUUUUAGGUAUUAAAAGCUUCUGAAGCUUAGUUAGUACUAUCUUGUACCAUUUUUUACUAAUUUUUUAUCGUUUUAUAUGUUUAGGUAGAUAUGCCAGACUUGGCGUGGUAAUUAACCGGUUUGAAAAACAACUACAAGAACACAACGUAUAUUAUCCUUCUUUCGUUGAUGACAUUUCAAAUGUUUGCACUGAAUUUAACGUUGAUUUAAAUGAAAUUCGAAAAGAAGUCGAAGAGGUUCCAAUGAUGGAGCAGGUUGCCUCUGAUGACGAUGAUGAAGAUCUCUUGUAGUGCUCAUGUAAACUUAUGUUGUUAACGUUAAAAUGUUAUAAAAUACGAAAUAUUACUAAUGUUUGUUUUGAAUUUUUAGAGAAAAUUGAAUUAAUUUGAAUAAAAAGUUCAAAAAAUGGUCAAAAUUGUUUUUUUGGAAUUAUUAUAUGAAGCUGUUUUUGUCAGUUGUAUUGUUGGUUUUUACAGAGAACGGUCGGUGGCGCACGGUGGUCGACGGAUCGUGGUAGUUGUGGCUAACUGAAGGAAAUAUCAACUUACACAUUCGAUAAGUCAGCUGAAGUAAGGUUGAUAUGGCGUGGAGUGUUAGAAUGGUUCUAUCUUUUCAAUUUGGGGUAGAUAUUAGGGAAUUUUGAAAUUGGAGGAGUUAUUAGGGUUUUAAAAAUUUUUUUACGAUUUUUUACAAAUCUUGUAGUCUAUAAGUUAUAGGCUUAAACUCUAAAAUUUGCUUUGAAAGGGGGCACAGAAUUAUUUGAACGACCUAAUAUAAAAAGCCGAAUUUUAUCAUUAUAAUGAACUGUAUAUAGUCAUACGGCAAAAAAAAGCAUACAAAUAUAAACAAUAUGAUCAUGAUCAUCCCCUUCAACUCUGCUACUAUGAUCACCUUCUUUUUCAGAGAAUGGCGAAUCGCAGAACAAAGGCGGCCGGCGGCGGUAGGCGGAAAUACACGGAGGGCAUGGCAGCACAAUGCUCGGUGGAUAAACACGGUGGAGCGGCUACAGAGAAACGAAUGACUACAAUCCCCGCCAAGUUUGUUCACCGCGGCAAAAGCGAGGUCUCGGUAAGGGCUUUGGGGCUGAUUGCUAUUGGUUUAUCAAGGGGUUUUUAAUAGAACGUGGUUAAAUUUAUAAAAGUUUGUCUACAUGUUUCUACCUCCAAGUCUACCUAUGUCAAGAUGAACACAGUACUGAGAACACUUCUAUUAUAAUUCAGUACUGAUAAAAUUUCUACUUUGUUAUUUUCCAGGAACACUCGAAACCGAUGAACGCAAAGCAAGUAGUCGUAAAAGAAUGGAUAACUAAAAUUUUAAGCGGCGGCUUAAGAGAAUUGAGACAUCAGUUCGUUAACAAAGUCAAAAAGUACACUCCUUCAGGGUCGACCGACGCGUUCAACGAUGCUGAUAACAACAAUAAGAACAGGUACGACGACGUGGUACUUUUGGACAAAACACGCGUCAAAGUCACCAUCAAUCCGGAUAAUGGUAGGGGUUUAAGCUCUCUUGCCUUGUUCUGCCUUGCCUUGCUUUGCCCUGCUCACCCCUGCCUAACUCUACCAUGCUAUAUUCUGCCUCACUCUAGCUUAUAUUUUCACACCCUACCCUAUAUUUUGUUACCCUGCCUUAUCUUACUCUAUAUUAUCUUACUUUAACUAAAUUUGUAAUUCUUUGAUGUUAUAGAUGACUACAUUCACGCCAGCACGGUGGAGGUAAAGCCGAAAGACUUGUCUUAUAUUUGUGCCCAAGGCCCUAUGGAAAACACUGUAAUGCAGUUUUGGUUAAUGUGCAUUCAGGAAGAAGUUGCGGUAGGUUAAUAUAACGUUAAGCAAAAUUUUUUAUAUUUAUUAUCUUUUAGGCUUAAUUAUUACCUUGCAAGAUUAAAGCUUAAAAUUUUGAUUUUUUUUGCUAUAUAUAGCAUUAGAAUUUGUAAAAUGUAAAAUUUGGUAGAUGUUAGAUCGUUCACAAUGUUAUAUUUUGUUUUAAACCAUGACUUUUUAGAUAAUAUUUUUAUAAUUUUAAACUUUGUCAUUUUAGGUAGUACUCCAACUCUGUGCCAACACUGAGAAAGGUAAAGAAAAGUGUUCGGAUUACAUGCCCAAGGAGAAGGGGGAGUCGGCCACGUACGGUGUAGUGGAAGUGAAGCUUGUUGAUCAGAAGAAGAACAUCCCCGGAGCCAAGAAAGUGGUCCGAUCCAAACUUCAAGUCACCUUCAAGGAGAAGACCAGCACAGUCACUCACAUUCUCUACACAGGAUGGCCAGAUCACUCCGUUCCAGAGUCGGUGGGAACGUGCAGAGAAGUACGGAACAUGGUGCACAAGUUGUACGAGAAGAAACCCAUUGUUGUGCAUUGUUCGGCCGGCAUUGGUAAGGGUUUGGUUGGGGAUCGAGAAAAGAAUUUAUCUUUGGCAAUUGGCUAAAAAUGAAAAAAACUUUUAAAAAGUUUUAAAAUCUAGAAAAUAUUGGCAUUUCAGGCCGCACCGGGACCUUUGUCGCAGCAGAAAUGGUCCUGAGCAAGCUGGUCGACGAUCAAAACUCAGACUUUAAUUUGGCCGACAUUCUCCGUACUCUGAGAGAUCAACGGGUGCAAGCCGUUCAGAAUGAUCAACAGUUCACCUUCAUUCUCCGCUUUGUCAUUGACAUUCUGAUAACGGAAGACUUGCUGAGCAAAACCUCCAAAGUCAGCGAGUUCUUGACGGAAUUUGAGGAUUUGGUGGAGAGAAAAAAGAAACUGGAGAAACAGAAGGACGACUAA